AUGUCUUCAAAAGAAGUAGCUAGAAAAAGAUUUAUUGAUGUCUUUGAUGAAUUGGUUGAAGAAUUAAAAGAGAUCUUAGUUUCUUAUAAAAUGCCACAAGAAGCAAUUGAUUGGUUUGUAAAAAAUCUAAAUUAUAAUACACCAGGUGGUAAAUUAAAUAGAGGUUUAUCAGUUGUUGAUACUUUUGCAAUUUUAAAUAAUAGAACAGCUGACAAAUUAUCAGAUGAAGAAUAUAAAAAAGUAGCUAUAUUAGGUUGGUGUAUUGAAUUAUUACAAGCUUAUUUUUUGGUCGCUGAUGAUAUGAUGGAUCAAUCAAAAACAAGAAGAGGUCAAAAAUGUUGGUAUUUAGUAGAAGGUGUUGGAAACAUUGCAAUUAAUGAUUCAUUUAUGUUAGAAGGUGCUAUUUAUAUGAUCUUAAAGAAGCAUUUUAAAAAAGACAGCUACUAUGUCGAUUUAUUAGAUUUAUUCCAUGAAGUUACUUUCCAAACUGAAUUAGGUCAAUUAUUAGAUUUAGUUACUGCAGAUGAGGAAUAUGUCGAUUUAUCUAAAUUUUCAUUAGAUAAGCACUCAUUCAUUGUUAUUUUUAAAACUGCUUAUUACUCAUUUUAUUUGCCUGUUGCAUUGGCGAUGUAUAUGAGUGGAAUUUCAUCAGAAUCAGAUUUAAAACAAGUCAAAGAUAUUUUAAUUCCAUUAGGUGAAUAUUUUCAAAUUCAAGAUGAUUAUUUAGAUUGUUUUGGAACUCCCGAACAAAUUGGUAAAAUUGGAACGGAUAUAAAAGAUAAUAAAUGUUCUUGGGUUAUAAAUCAAGCUUUAUUAAAAGCAACCCCAGAACAACGUGAAAUUUUAGAUAAUAAUUAUGGUAAAAAAGAUGAUAAGAGUGAAGAAACAGUUAAACAAUUAUUUAAAGAAAUGAAUAUUGAACAGAUUUACAAUGAUUACGAAGAAUCAAUUGUUGAAAAAUUAAGAAAACAAAUCGAUCAAAUUGAUGAAUCAAAUGGAUUAAAAAAGGAUGUAUUAACUGCAUUUUUAAAUAAAGUUUAUAAAAGAUCCAAAUAG